CCGCGCAUGCGCAACAGCAAUUAAGCCUGACAGCCGAUCCAGUGCAGCAUUCCAGUUUCCAAACGCACAGGAGCGCCGCUUUCUCCAUCGCGCUGCCCCAUCCAGACAUUUACACCGGUGGGAACACGCUGUUAAAAAAACAAGCCCUCAAACAUGUCUGUGGGAAAUGACUUUGGAAACCCUUUAAGGAAAUUCAAACUCGUCUUUCUUGGGGAGCAAAGCGUGGGGAAGACUUCCCUGAUCACACGCUUCAUGUACGACAGCUUUGACAACACAUAUCAGGCGACAAUUGGAAUCGACUUCCUGUCAAAAACCAUGUAUUUGGAGGACAGAACGGUUCGGUUGCAGUUGUGGGACACUGCAGGCCAGGAACGUUUUAGGAGCCUUAUCCCGAGCUAUAUAAGAGACUCCACUGUAGCUGUGGUGGUGUAUGACAUCACAAAUGUGAAUUCAUUCCAACAAACUACCAAAUGGAUCGAUGAUGUGAGAACGGAGAGAGGAAGUGAUGUCAUCAUAAUGCUGGUGGGAAAUAAAACAGAUCUGGCAGAUAAGAGGCAAAUCACGAUUGAGGAAGGCGAGCAGCGGGCCAAAGAGCUGAGUGUGAUGUUUAUCGAGACCAGUGCCAAAACGGGCUACAACGUCAAACAGCUGUUUCGACGCGUGGCAGCUGCCCUUCCAGGAAUGGAGAGCAUGCAGGAGACAAGCAAAGAAGGCAUGAUUGACAUUAAAUUGGACAAACCACAGGAACCUCCAACUACUGAGGGCGGCUGUUCCUGUUAAUAGCUCACAUCUGAUUUACAGCAUCAUCAACUACACCACAUGCUUGUUGUGUUGCUUCCUCUUGGUUAGCUUCCAGUUGUGUUUUCAGAUUGGAUAUUUGGCCUUCCCAUCUGACUUUUAGUCACUGGUUGGAAUCAGUGUUAUAUCAGUUUCAAUUGUAAAAUAGUAUACUUUAGUAACAAAAUUGCCAAAAAUCCUAAAAAUUCGAAAAGUAAAGGGCAAAAAUCAACAAAAAUGUCGACUAUGUCUAACAUGUAUACUUUUUGAAAAUGUAGAGACGUAGGUUUUUUCUCUUUGUUUUGUAUUUUUGUAUACAAGGAUGAGGACUAAAUCAGAUGCAGACAAGAAAUUCUAUAAUUUUGCCAUAAAAAGCUGGAUUAGGGCAAAGAGUUCAAAAGCAAGAGGGAAAUUCAAACAACAAAUAACCCAGAAAAUACGGCAAACAUGCAUGUUAGCUAUUUUUAAAAGUAUCAUCUCAAUCUUGCUGGCUACUGUGCACAAGAUUAUGUGAAUGCAUACUUUUUUUGUGACUCAACGCAAUUCAUUAAAUCAACU